AGUUGCAGAGAGGGCGUGUUUUGGUCAGCUCCCCAGCCCUGCAGUAAACUGAGCUUGGUGGUUUCUGCCAGCAAGAAUGCUGAGAGAGCCCUGCCAUCGUCUAGAGCUCCUUGUGAAAUUCCAGAUCACAGGAUCUAGAUGCAAAUAGGACGUCUUGCAAAGGUUCAGCUUACACAGAGGAUGAAUGACAUAGCAAGACCUCUGCUUUGCUGUGCACCACUUUAUUUGCUUUCAGAGUCACCUUGUAGUGAAGAGGCAGACCCUAAGAGCUUGAUUUCUACAUUCAAGUGAAUUUUUCGCUUCAAAGGAACUCAGGUUUCUGGUCGGAUUUCCCUUCUGAAAUAUUUAAAAAAAAAUUCAGAAAAAAUAAUGUCAGGGCACAGCAGGAAUUCAGAUCAAGAAGAACUUCUCGAUGAGGAGAUUAAUGAAGAUGAAAUCUUGGCCAACUUGUCUGCUGAAGAACUGAAAGAACUUCAGUCGGAAAUGGAAGUCAUGGCCCCUGACCCCAGCCUUCCUGUGGGAAUGAUUCAGAAAGAUCAAACUGACAAGCCACCGACAGGAAAUUUCGAUCAUAAAUCUCUUGUUGAUUAUAUGUAUUGGGAAAAGGCAUCCAGGCGCAUGUUGGAAGAUGAACGAGUUCCUGUCACCUUUGUGAAAUCCGAGGAAAAGACUCAAGAGCAUGAAGAAAUAGACAAAGGUAAUAAAAAUAUGGCCCAGUAUUUAAAAGAAAAGCUCAAUAGUGAAAUAGUUGCAAAUAAAAGAGAAUCAAAGUGCAGCAGCAAUGUCCAAGAAACAGAUGAUGAAGAAGAUGAUGAUGAGGAAGACGAAGAUGAUGAUGAUGACGACGAAGGAGAAGAUGAUGGUGAAGAGAGUGAAAAAACAAACAGAGAAGAGGAAGGCAAAGCAAAGGAACAAAUUAGAAAUUGUGAGAACAACUGCCAGCAGGUAACUGAUAAAGCAUUUGAAGAACAGAGAGACAGAUCAGGGGCCCAAAAUCAAAGUGAGAAAAAAAUAUCAAAAUUGGAUCCUAAGAAGUUAGCUCUAGAUACCAGCUUUUUGAAGGUAAGUGCACGGCCUUCAGGAAAUCAGACAGACCUGGAUGGAAGCUUGAGAAGAGUUAGACAAAAUGAUCCUGAUGUGAAGGAACUUAACCUGAACAACAUUGAAAACAUCCCCAAAGAAAUGUUACUGGACUUUGUCAAUGCAAUGAAGAAAAACAAGCACAUCAAAACAUUCAGUUUAGCCAAUGUGGGUGCAGAUGAGAAUGUAGCAUUUGCCUUGGCUAACAUGUUGCGUGAAAAUAGAAGCAUCACCACUCUCAACAUCGAGUCCAAUUUCAUCACAGGUAAAGGGAUUGUGGCCAUCAUGAGGUGUCUCCAGUUUAAUGAGACACUAACGGAGCUUCGAUUUCACAAUCAGAGGCACAUGUUGGGUCAUCAUGCUGAAAUGGAAAUAGCCAGGCUUUUAAAGGCAAACAGCACUCUCCUGAAGAUGGGCUACCAUUUUGAGCUUCCAGGUCCCAGAAUGGUGGUCACUAAUCUGCUCACCAGGAAUCAAGAUAAACAAAGGCAGAAGAGACAAGAGGAGCAGAAACAGCAGCAACUCAAGGAACAGAAGAAGCUGAUAGCCAUGUUAGAGAAUGGGUUGGGGCUGCCCCCUGGGAUGUGGGAGAUGUUGGGAGGACCCAUGCCAGAUUCCAGAAUGCAGGAGUUCUUCCAGCCACCACCGCCUCGGCCUCCCCACCCCCAAAACGUCCCCUUUAGUCAACACAGUGAAAUGAUGCAAAAGCCAUCACAGGCUCCAAAGUACAGGACAGACCCUGACUCCUUCCGUGUGGUGAAGCUAAAGAGAAUCCAGCGCAAAUCUCGGAUGCCAGAAGCCAGAGAAUCACCCGAGAAAACCAACCUCAAAGAUGUCAUCAAAACGCUCAAGCCAGUGCCGAGAAAUAGGCCACCCCCACUGGUGGAAAUCACUCCCAGAGAUCAGCUGCUAAAUGACAUUCGUCACAGCAAUGUCGCCUAUCUUAAACCUGUGCAACUGCCAAAAGAACUCGCUUAAGAGGCAGCAGAGUCAUGUAGAAAAACAGGAAAUGGAAAUAAUGACUUAUGGAUUACAGCAUGGAGACUAUGUCAGCAGCAAUACUUUAGGAUUCACGUGGCGGAACUGGGAACAAUGCUACCAUCUGAUGGGGUAUUUGUAAAAGGCAGAAUGUUUGGGCAAUGAAGAAUUAGGGGCUAAAGAAGAAGAUGGAAGGAGAUAAAAUAUAAUAUUCAGGCUGGGCGUGGUGGCUCACGCCUGUAAUCCCAGCACUGUGGGAGGCCGAGGUGGGCGGAUCACAAGGUCAGGAGAUUGAGACCAUCCUGGCUAAUACGGUGAAACCCCGUCUCUACUAAAAAUACAAACACAUAUACACAUAUAUGCAUAUGUGUAUGUAUGUAUUCAGAGGCAACAUUUUCCACUUGCAAUCAAUUUGAGUUACUUAGGUGAAAUUUAGAGUCAUGUUUCCAGAAACAGUAGUUAAGAAAAUUGUUUUUAAACAAACAUUCACUUUAUUAUUAUUUUCUUAUGGAAAAUAAUAAAUAUAACAGAAGUGUUAACUAUUAUAUUCCCAUUUUUUUCUCCUUCCAUCUCUUCUGCUGUAAUCCAUCACAUAGUAUUUUAAAAGAAACAAUGUUUCAUCCUAUGAAAAUGUGAAGGAUGAAUUGAGCUCCUGGCCCUUCUGAUGCUUUGAAAUGAGAGAAUUUUUCCUUAGCACUUCUCUGGAGAAUCAGUGGAGCUUUUCAGUUUCCCACCCUGCCUGGCUUUCUCCCUCAGUGACUUCCUUGGUAUUUUGGAAUAUUCUUUCUAUAGGAGUAUCUUGGAGGAGCAGAACACAUAAGCCACAGAAUGUGGUGAAAACUAAGUGUCACUAGGAAAAGUAAUGGGAAAUGUAAACCCUGCAUAUGUGUAAACUUCCUGGCAGCAAGUUUUCACAUAUAGGGGGACAAUGGAAGACAGCAUGCUGUUUUUAUAGGAAAAAAGUUUUACAUAAUAUCGUUAAUGACAAGCUUUUGGUUUUGGCUAAAUAAACUCACACACAUAUACCCACUCAUAUACGGUUUACUCUGUAUGUCUAAUUUGAUUUUAUCACUCUCAAACAUCUUUUAAAGGAAACUUGCUUACAGGAUUAAACUUGAACUACUUAUCCUAUCCUUCAAGGUGCUCCAUUGGCUGGCCCCAAUUUACUAAUCCUGUCUUAUCUCCCACAAAUCCUUUAUACUCCUCUUGAUGAAACAUCCUUGUGCACACUCACUGUGCCUUUGCUCGAAUUAACCCUUCCAUAGAACACCCCCCAAGAGACUUCCCACCUGCUCUCCAUUAAUGAAAGUCCUAUCCAGUCUUCAAUACCCAGGUCAGAUCCUGUGUCCUCCAUAAAAUCUUUCCAGACAAUUCUAAUCUGUCCUCCUUCCAAGUUCCUAGAGGCCUUAAUUAUGCUAGUCACUAGGUGCAUAGAAUUUGAGAUUUUUGUAAUAGAAGUAGUGUGAACCCUAGAAAUUAGAUCAAGCUUUGGGCCGGGCGCGGUGGCUUACACCUGUAAUCCUGGCACUUUGGGAGGCAAGGCCGGCGGAUCACCAGAGGUCAGGAGUUUGAGACCAGCCUGACCAACGUGGUGAAACCCUGUUUCUACUAAAACAAACAAACAAAAUUAGCUGGGCAUGGCAGCUCAUGUCUGUAAUUCCAGCUACCUGGCAGACUGAGGCAGGAGAAUCGCCUGAACACGGGAGGCAGAGGUUGUGCUGAGCUGAGAUUGCCAUAGCACUCUAGCCUGUGCAACAAGAGCAAAACCCAGGCUCAAAAAAACCAAAUUCUAGAAAGCCCCUAUACAUUUGUUUGUAUAGCCACAGUAUUAAUAAAGUCAGGAAUUUCAAAAAGUGCUGAAAGAGGGUUUUUAUCUUAGAUAUACGAAAAAAAAAGAUGAUCCAAUAUCAUAGCUUAUGGCCUCAAUACACAGGUUUUGCCAAAAGAGGUGAAACAGUUCACAUUAUGCUUUUUCUAACUACCACCUGACCCUAAAGAUCUUACAGAUUUUAACUUGUUUUUCAAAUGUAAUCAUAAUUUACCACAUUUAUAUGUUACAUUUUUCUAUUACCCUUUCAGAAUUGACCACGGCCAUUAGUAAUUACGAGUAUCUUUUUUUUUUUUUUAUUAGUCUCUCUGUGUUAUAUUUCAUCAUCAGAAUUCACCUUGUAGAAAAUGAAAGGGGCUAAGGUAUAUAAAACUCAUGUCAGGUUUAAAAAUAGGACCCCAUUAGAAUUGUUUUAUUCUGGCUGUAAGUUUAAAGUAUUCAAGCUUUACUAAACAGUAUUUGAAACGGCUAAAGGGUUUGCUAUAUAGCGCAUCUUCACUGUUUAUAGGGUUGUCGCCAAGUGUCUCAGAUAUUUAAGACAGAUAUGUGUUAAAUAAAGUCUCACCAAAAAAAACCUUUAAUCAAUUUUAUUCUUCAUAUUUGGGUAAGGGUACAGAUGCUAGACCAUGUCUGUAAAGUCAUGGUGAUAUCACUGUGCUAAAGAUGAUGGCUAUAGGUUGGCUGAGAAUUUAAAAUGCAAGAAAGAUUAGAAGGAGCAUAUCAUUGCUGCUUAUUCUAGGACAUAUAAAGAGUUUCUUCAGUAAGUGCCACUCCAGUUGACUUCACAAUUUAAUGCUACGGAAAUCUAAAUGUUUCCGCUUCCUCUAUGAAAUCAUUCAAAUGGUAGGCAAAACAUUUUUUAUAACCUAUUUAUAAAAACAUGAGGAAUGAACAAAAAGUAAUAGAAUGUAUAAACUCAUGCUAUCAUAAUUCUAACGUCUAGCUAUAAAAGCAUAUGGUUGUAACAACUGCCAUCUAAAAUUUUUAUGAGCUGCGGAAGCUGCAUUCCAUUUGCAUUACCACUUUUUAAAGUCUUUUUGCUUGGUCACCUAAAGAUGUUUUUCAAAUUUCAAAUGAUCAGCCAUUGUUGUCCUCCUUAUACCCCUAAGGAAUUAAUAAAAUGCACAUUGAUUUCCUUCUUUCUAAAUGUUUCAGUUAAAAACUAAACAAUAAAAAAAAUGGGAAACAUUA